ACAGCCUGGUCUCCGACUUCUGCAUGAAACAGUAGAAGAAGAAAUUAACGUCGAAGAAGAGAGCAGGCCUCCUGCUAGGGAAAAACCAUAAAGCAUCAAAUAAAACCUCUGCUUUUGGACGUUGUUUCAGCUCAGAGGUUGUGAACGCCUCUAUGUUUGGGUCACGGCUCAACAUAGAGCACAUGAGGAGCAACAUGAAUUAAUACAGUACAAGAUUUAUAUUAGACCCACACUGUCAUAUAUCUGACUUUAGCAGACAGAAAUGCAGUGGUGCCCAAACACCAAACGAAAAUAUCAGUUUUAAUCACACAACCAGGCUUUUUCACCCAGUGGAAGCCAAGCCUCUUGUAUAUAUAUAUAAACAUAUUUCUAUAUUUUUGUAUAAGAAAGAACUCUUACUGUGUAAAUACAGGUUGAAAACGAGCUGUCUCUAUAUCAACAAUGGUAGACAAUCGUUAUGCCACAGCUCUGGUCAUUGGCUCUGUGCUGAGCCUGCUGGCCACAGUCUACCUCUCUGUGGCUGUGGGAACUCAGCACUGGUACCAGUACAACAGCCCACCAUGGACCAAUGCCUCUGAGCUCAGAGACAAGUUCAUCAAUGGAGAGUUUGAUGAGAAGACCUACAGCGACCCCAUGUUCCGCCUUAACGGUACCCUGGGACUGUGGUGGAGGUGCAUCCUGGUACCUGGAGAGACGCACUGGUUCAGAGAGCCAGAUCCGAAGUUGGAGAUGCAGUGUUUGAGCUUCACUCUCCCUCAGCAAUUUAUUCCAAAGUACAGGUCUGAAGGAAACAACAACAACGAAGGCGAGGAAGAUCUGCUGAGAACAUACUUGUGGAGGUGCCAGUUUCUCCUGCCCUUGGUAUCCCUGGCUUUGGUGUUUCUGAGUGGCCUUGUAGGGGUUUGUGCCUGCCUAUGCCGCAGCUUCACCCCAACCUUGGGUGUGGGAGUGCUGCAUCUACUUGCAGGUCUGUGCACUCUGGGAAGCGUCUGCUGCUUCCUUGCUGGAAUAGACUUGUUCCACCGGUACUCCUUACCACCACCUAAAGGAGUGGAGAGCUCCCUGGGCUGGUCCCUCUACCUCGCACUCAUCUCCUUCCCUCUGCAGAUGAUGGCAGCUGCUUUGUUCCUGUGGGCGGCCAGGAGUCACCGCAAAAACUACACCCGGAUGACUGCUUACAGAGUGGCCUAAAGAGAGACUACAACAACGAGGUUACCUUUGAACCGCUUACUGAUCUGAUUUGUUUCUACAUAGUCUUGUUUCUGACUAGAAAAAGUAGAAAAAAAGUAUAUAAGUCAUAGAACUGUACUGGUUGCAAGUUUUCACUCUCUCUGUAAUAAUAUCAAAGUAGAUCAUAAUCAGAAAUACUUUUUGUCUUACACUUUUGACACAAUCACAUGGUAUCAGGUAUAGCAGGAAUAAACCAAACCAUUUUGCAGCUAAUCAUCAUAAGUGCUCGUAAAUAGGGGUUUCAUAUCUUUCAGUUGUGUUAUUUCACUCAUUUUAAGUGUGUCAGAUGUAUCGGAAAAGCAUGUUCUUUAUUGUUGUUUAGCCAGAAUACUACAAGUGACUUAUUUUUUUCUUGUGUGACCUCUGUUGCUGUGCAGUACUUUAUUUGCCUUCGUUUCAUUUGCCAUUGCUUCAAAAGCUGCUCAUCACCACAUUGACCUUAAAUCAUUUACAGAUUAUAAACUUGCACAAACUCAAGAUAUUUACUUAUCUAAGCCAGGAUAGCUUUCACUUUUAAGUGCAUGGAAAUAUUUCAAAAGCCCUCUUUUUUUUUUCUUUCUUUCUUUUGUUUUAUCCAAAACAAAAUCCAGCCUUUGCUGUGCAUGCCUUUUUAAAGCUUAUAUUUCCACCUGUGGUAAUACAUGAUCUCUGUGGUAUGUGUUUACUAAACAUCAAUCCUUAAACUGUAGCCACUGAUCUCCCCUAUGUUUAUAGGUCUAUGUUUAUUUAUGCAGUUACUUUGAAUGUAAAAAAAAAAUCUAUUUGAUUUGGUGCCACUCAAGAAAAACCUGUGAUCUCUUUGUAACAUUUCAAUUUUAAUGUUUAAGCCUAAAUUGUACUACUGCCAUUUUACGACUGUCGUAGUGAAGAAUCACUGUUUAAAGCUGCAGUACUUCAGGUGAUUUUCUUAUCUGGGUUGUUCAGUUUCAUCAAUAACUCAACUGAGCUGAUUGAUGGCCAAAUAAGUGUGACGAUUAUUUUAUGGUUCUCCUCAAUAUUCUAGAGUGAAAGAGUCUAGUAUUUUAAUCCUAAUUGAAUUUUAAAAAACCUCACUUAAAAAUACACAAUUAACUUUCAUGACAUCAAACAUCUACAGAGUGGUGUAAUGAAUUUCCUACUUCAUAGCACCAAAAACUAAAUUGUGAUGUUUUUGUGUCACAAUGUGGUUUUUUUUACAUGUAUGUUGUGUAUACACUCUGGCUUUUGUAAAUGUUUGUAUGUAUUCUGAAGCACACUGUACUUGUUUCUGUAAAUAUAAAUUUUUCAUUUGCUGA